CCACUUGGGCUGAAGAUUUUUUACCUCAGGCCAGUUGCGCUCAAGAGCAGCAUCUCGUUUUCGGCUGCAACGCGCGGGGCCCAGAUCAUGGCCAUGCCGAGUGGCAUCUCCGCCACAGCGCCCACGAAGCAGGAUCUCGGGGACGCGGCGACAAGGGACAAGCGGCAGAGCUCACGCAGUCUUUCCCGGUCCGGCGAACCCUGCAGCGAGCGUCUUUCGAGCCACAGCGCGGUCUUCGACGCCGACCGCGUCAGCACUGCUUGGGUAUCGACGCGCAUGGGAGAGGCCUGGGUAUCGAACAGCCAGGAGGAGACCACGAGUUAUAGCCUCGACCAGUGGCGCUUGUCAGCCGCCGCGGAGGCCAUCGGCGAUGUCCCCGAGCAGCUGGGCAGAGUGGUCCAGAAUAAGGCUAAGAGCCUUGCCGAGAGCGUGAAGACCGAGCUGGCCUUAGUGCAAAAGGCCAUUCGCAGCAGGGGUGGGUGCGAAGAUAGCGUCGACGCAGCCAUCGAUCAUCUCGGCAAAAUCCCAGAGAUCAUCAGGAGGUCGUUUGGCUCGAGGAUCAUGGGGGCGAGCGGCGCGAUGCGGCUGGCGAUGCGGCUGAAGCGGAGCGCCAUCGUGCAGGUGUUCAAGAGCACUACCCCUGGUGGCCAAGAACUGGUUAGGCGGUUGUGGACCAUUCCCAAGAAGCUGGAGCAGAUCGUUGGGCAGGCGCUUGGCCAGGCCGUGGAAGAGUCCCACUUGGAGGUUACCAGGCGCUGCGAGCGCGUGCUGAUGAGCCUGCCGCCAGACGCGGGUGUGUGUCGCCAUGCCCUGAUAGACGCCGAACUACGCAUCGCGGAGGCGGUGACCGAAAUGUAUUCCGAGACGAUGCGGGCCCUCAGGCGCACGGCCAAUGCUAACGUGAGGCUCGCCGUGACCUACGUGCAAGAUCCAUGA